UUGCCUUUAUAUGCCUUAACUUGCUGUUAGAUUUAGUCUGCUUUUCUUUUGGUCAUCUAAACAAGCACGAGGACGAAGAGUGUUUCGUUCUAUGUUUUUUUGCUUAUAGGUGUAGAAAAACAGAACAACAACCGAUUCGUCGUUCGAAGCGUUUGUCUCGUAGGGAUAAAUUUGGAGAUAAAUUGUCAAGUUCAGAAACAUCUGAAGUUGAAGGUGAAAAUGAUGAUGAACAACCAUUAAUUCAAUUAUAUGAAAUGGCCCCAAUAAUAGUUCGUCGUAAAAAAAUUUAUAAAGAACGACAAGUGGCACACGAUAAAAUUUCAAAACUUUUUUCAAAUGUUGACAAUGAGCGAGCAGAAGAUUGUCAAAACAAAUCCUAUGAUUAUUCACAAAUGGAAUUGUUUUAUGAAAACGUUUUAAAAUUAACGCCAGAUAGAUUAAUCUACAUGUACAUACAUCCAAACCCAAAUUUAAUAGCUGUCAUUGGUUGUGAUAGAACUGGAGCAUCAGGACUUCUUGUUAAAUCUGAUGAACUCGAAUUAUGGCAUAAAACUAGCUAUUUGCUUCAUACAGAUUAUUGUGACUGUAUUCGUUUUGAUCGUUUAAAUUCUAAUUUAUUUUGUACAUCUUCACGUGAUUGUACAUUUCGAAUGUAUGAUAUUUUUAAAAAUACAACUACUGAGGUUCUUCGCAUGCCUGAAGAUAAUAACAUAACCUUUUUUGAUUAUACAUUAGAUAAUACUUAUCUCGCUAUAUUACGACAUGGCGAUGCAAUCUUAAUAGAUCGUAGAGCAAACCCCGUUGUUGUUAAUCGUUAUAAUUUAUCAAAAUAUCAUUUACGUACAAUACAUGUCAAUCCUACUCAGCCAAAUGAAUUCUGCGUUGCUGGAGGAAUGGAAAAAUUUAUUAAAGUAUUUGAUUUAAGACAAUUAGUAGAACGUACAACAUCACCGUAUAUCUAUCGUUUAUCAACAAACUAUGGACCACAUGCAGCGUAUUACAGUCACUCUGGCACACAUAUCAUGGCGACAAUGUCACAUCAUCAUUUAGCUUCACUGACAAAUUCUUGUGCCAUACCAACUUCUCAUGAGCAAAUGUUUUUAAUUGGUUCAACUAAACAAAGUCAGAUUCAGAUUAAUGCUAUCGAUGUUGAUUGUAACGUUUUAUCAUCGUUAAAAGGUGCCUAUUUAAAAUCAUUAUGUUCAAUUAACAUAGCUCAUGCUACACAACCGAUUGUGGUUGGUGAAAAUUCUAGUGGCACAAUUCAUGUAUUUACGAAAAAGAUUGAACAGUUUUAUUAA